CGCUCAUAUUAAUACAUAAUUUGGUACGUCGAAUCCAUCAUCAAAAUUACGAUUUGUCAGAGCGGACAUCCACGCAGGAUUCAGUAUCAACAGAUUCCAUAAAAAAUUUUGCACAUACUAAAUCAUUCUUUUUCUUUCUCUCUUUCUUUGUAUCCAUCCGUUAAUUUUAAUAGUCAAUAUGGUCCUUGCGGUCGAUCUCCUUAACCCCACCCUCGAAAGCGAGAAGCGCGAGCACAAGCUCAAGCGCCUCGUGCAGUCCCCCAACUCGUUCUUCAUGGACGUCAAGUGCUCUGGCUGCUUCAACAUCACUACUGUCUUCAGCAACUCGCAGACCGUCGUUGUCUGCCCCGGCUGCUCGACUGUUCUGUGCCAGCCCACAGGUGGCCGUGCCCGCCUCACCGAGGGCUGCUCCUUCAGGAGAAAGACCAACUAAAGCGAGUCUAAACGAAUACAGCCUUUGUUGGAAGAGGAUUGAAUUAAAUUUUUUUGCGGAUUUUUGAACGCUCUCCUUUUUCCAGUUUUUACUCACUUUGCCAUAGUCUUUUUAAAAAAAUUCAGUGUGCAACUUUA